UUCCUCUUUUUUUUCUUAUUACCUUUUUAAUGGGUACCCAAGAGCUUAUGCACAACUUGUGAAAACACAAUCCCCUCUUUGGUCAUUGCAAUGAAGCUCACCCGAGCUCCUCUGCACUUGUGCAAAGAGUUCAAGUGAGUUAGGGCAAAUGCACGCAAUGUGAUUUAAGCAAAUGCUCAAGUCCAAUCCCAAGUAGAAUAGCAAUAACUCUACGAAUUGCCUCGCACAUUGCGAUUAGUCAUGAAGGGGCCAUAUACUUAAGGUGGGGCGGUUUUAGGGUUUGUUCAUUGAAGCAAAUAGAUAACUUUGCAUCAACAGUAGACGGCACGUAAGCAAAUGUUUAAUUGCCACACUCUUUGCACACAAGCCCAACGAAUCUCCGAUGGCGUCACCUGCCUCCUACGCGGCUUCAUUGAAGUUGCAAUUAUCGCAUGCCCCAAUGUCGCCCUUGGCGCCAGAAGAAAAAAGAAGGGUGGAAAGAAUGAUUAGGAAUGAGCGCGUAGAGCCGAAAAUUGGGAUUCCUUUUGACCUCACAAUUGGCGCCAUUAAUCCAAUUACUACCGACAUGACCCUUAUCAAAGUCGAUUAUAAUAAUCUAUCAAUGAGGUGCAGGUAUUGCCUCUCCACAAUGCACUUAGUCAAGGAGUGCGAGGCUCCGAUGGAGGUGCGAUGGAAGGGACAACACGAGGCAACACCUGCGAUACAUUCCAAGGAAGGUGCGACCCCCCACCCAUCGCCCACAGGUGAACCCCCUGGAACACAGUCAAGAGUAGGACAGCAGGUCACACCCAUAGAUCAUGAAAGAUGGGAUACACAAGAAGGAGGACAAGAGACUCCAAUUCUGUGGCGCACUCGGGAGGCACGGCAAGGAAGGGAAUCGUCCCCAAAUACUAGCAAGUUCUUGGAUGUGAAUGAAUUUUGCGAAGACAGAAAUGACUAGAACAUAUGUCGAGGUAUGGAUUUCCUACCCGAUCUCAUUUUGGCUGUGCAGGAAGAGAGACCACCAGGUAUAAUUUGAAGAGCACCAAACGUUAUACCAAGGCAUCAAAUACAUACUAAUGAUGCGGUAGAGGACACAAGAAUCACUCCAAUCGACAUGCACGCCACAAUUAUUUCAACACCAGCCAGUCCAACAGUGAGGGGUGCCACUAUCGAAGAUACUGAAUUUGCACCGCAAGGGCAUGAUACUAAUCCAACAGUGAAAAAUUCGAAUGAGUGUAGGAUAGAUUAAACUGAGAGCACAGUGCCACGGACCACUAGAGCAAUGUCGACCAAUCAAGAGAUAGUAAGCGAUCCCAGGUCUAGGGCAGGAAUUCUGUGAAUGGAACUAGCAAUUAUAGAAACAUGAGGACAUCUAGAAACCAAUAAUUUAUAACAUGACAUCGACUUUAACAAAGGCAAACUAUCGAAGUCAUUUUUUGUUGGAACAAAUACAGUACCCUUUACUGCCGCAAUCCCCAGAUUGAUCUAGUUUGCUGCGGAAACGAGGUCAAAAGAGACCUUCCAUUCAUGGGGAGCAAUUCAUCGGGAGCAAUUCUUUGAAUCCAAGGCAAAUGAACUACGAGGGCCGCACAUCUCACCCUUCUUUUUCAUGAAUGGCUCCGCGGCCAAGGAAUCGAAAACACGAUUAC